AUCCCCUGUCAGCAAGUGGGGUAAAGUUCCGCGUUUAGCUAUGGCUGCCUCCACUGGAGCGGAGAAACUCUCGGUUAAGGACAUUUUCCUGAGCAUGGAGUACGGGCCGGCCCCGGAGGCUGCCAAUAUAGCUCAGGCUUGGCUUGAUUCCCAUCAGCGCAGCUUUGGACAUUUUAUUGAUGGCAAAUGGUUAAAGCCCGAAGGCCGGAAGACAUAUACCACCAAGAACCCAGCUACAGGAGAAGCUCUGGCCAGCACAGUCCAAGGAGAGGAGGAGGAUGUGGAGACUGCAGUUAAAGCUGCACGGAAAGCCUUUGAGUCCUGGAGCAAGCUUCCUUGCCAUGUCCGAGCCCGCUACCUGUACAGCAUUGCCCGCACUGUACAGAAACACCAGCGAUUACUAAGUGUGAUUGAGAGUAUGGACAAUGGGAAGCCAAUCCGUGAGGCUCGGGACUGUGAUGUUCCCCUUGUGGUUCGCCAUUUCUAUCAUCAUGCUGGCUGGGCACAACUCAGGGACACAGAAAUGAAUGGGUGGAAGCCCCUUGGUGUUAUUGCUGCUAUUGUUCCCUGGAACUUUCCACUCAUGUUACUCACCUGGAAGAUUUGCCCUGCUCUUGCCAUGGGCAACACCGUAGUGCUUAAACCAGCUACCUACACACGGCUAACAGCACUGCUACUAGCAGAGAUCUGCGCUGAGGCAGGACUUCCACCAGGAGUUUUCAAUGUGGUCACGGGCAAUGGAGCCUUUGGUGGGAAAUUGGCUGACCAUCCUGAUGUGGACAAAGUAGCAUUUACUGGUUCUACUGAGGUUGGACGCACUCUACGUAAAGCAACAGCUGGCACUGGGAAGAAAUUAUCUCUGGAGCUUGGUGGGAAGUCGCCAUUCAUUGUAUUCGACACAUCUGAUCUGGAUAGUGCUGUAGAAGGGAUUGUGGAUGCCAUCUGGUUCAAUCAAGGCCAGGUUUGCAGCGCCGGGUCUCGGCUUCUUAUGCAAGAAUCAAUCGCUGAAGAUUUAAUUCGCCGACUGAAGCAGAGGAUGUCACAUUUGAGGCUGGGAGACAGCCUAGAUAAAGCCAUAGAUGUGGGAGCCCUUGUGGAUGAAACACAGAAAAAAACAAUUGAAGAGUUUGUGGAAGAAGCCCGAGCAGAGGGAGCCGAUGUUUUCCAAUCACCCGGUCCCAUUCCCAAGAAAGGAUUGUUCUACCCGCCCACCUUAAUCACUGGAGUGAACACCACAUCGCGCUGUGUGAGAGAAGAGAUUUUUGGACCAGUCUUGGUUGCAAUGACAUUUCGCACGGCAAAAGAAGCAAUAGCCCUGGGGAACAAUACUCCAUAUGGACUGGCUGCAAGUGUCUGGACAGAAAACCUCCCCUUAGCACUGGAGGUUGCUAUAAGUAUAAAGGCAGGCACAGUGUGGGUGAAUGGACACAACAUGUUUGACGCAGCUGCUGGAUUUGGCGGUUAUAAAGAAAGUGGAUUUGGCCGUGAUGGGGGUAAGGAGGGACUGUAUGAAUAUGUGAGGCCAUCUUGGGAGAGCAGGCCCCAACCUAACCCAGGCGAAGUGAACUACAAAACGUUUGCUGCCUCAUAUGGGGCUGACUUACCCCCUAUUCCAGGGCAGAAGGAUAUCCAGCCAUCUGUUAUCCGACUCCAGGACAGCCAGAUCCCCAGUGUCGACAGGACCUACAAGCUGUAUUAUGCUGGAGCCCAGAAGCGCCCCGAUGGAAUGUACUCUCGGCCAAUCUGUGGACCAGAUGGGACAGUAGCAGCUUAUGUCUCUGAUAGCAACAGAAAAGAUGUCCGCAAUGCAGUGGAAGCUGCACACAAAGCUGCUCCAGGGUGGGGGAAAAGGGCAGCACACAACAGAGCACAGAUUGUGUACUACAUGGCCGAAAACCUUGAGCUGCGAAGAGAUGAGGUGGCGCAGAGACUGAGCACCCUGACGGGGCAAUCCAAGGAGAAGGCUUUGCAGGAAGUAGAUCUGAGCAUCCAAAGGUUGUUCUACUGGGGAGCAUAUUGUGAUAAAUAUGGAGGCACUGUUCAGGAAACGUUGCUGUAUGGGGCCACUGUUAUGAUUCGGGAACCUGUCGGUGUGGUGGGCAUUACUUGUCCAGAUGAAUAUCCUCUUCUGAGUUUCGUCAGCCUCUUUGCUCCAGCUAUUGUUCGUGGAAAUGCGGUGGUCAUGAUACCAAGCGAGAAGUUCCCUCUGCCAGCCUUAGAUUUCUACCAGGUGUUCGAUACAUCAGACCUUCCCGGAGGAGUCGUGAACCUUCUCACAGGAGGACGUGAUCACUUAGCCAAGUACUUGGUGGAGCAUCAAGAUGUCCAGGCCAUGUGGUACUUUGGCUCUGAGCAGGGUUCUAAAUUUGUUGAAUGGUCUUCAGCCGAGAACUGUAAGCGAACGUGGGUGAACUACGGCCAUGCGAGGGAUUGGGAAGAUGCGCAGCAGGGAGCAGGGGAAGAGUUCCUGUACCAAGCUACUCAGUGUAAAAAUAUCUGGAUUCCCAUGGGGGAAAUCUUUGCCAAUUAACACUGAUGAAAGCCUCUUUUACGAGUUAUAAGAUUAUAUCUUAUUUAGUAAUUACAAGGGAUCAGUGUAGGAUGGGGCUCAUUAAAUUCAUGUGCAAAUUGUGUGUAUUCAAACACAAGCCUUAACCAGUCUCACAUCUGUUUUUGCUUCUUGCACUUACAUCAGUACAACGGUUGAGAUUACUGGUUGCGACAUGUUAAGUACACUAAGGUGCAAGAAUUGCCCUAAAUUAACAGUAGUUUGAAAAGUGUUACUUGCAGGGGUCCCUUUGCUCAUUCACACACAUCUACCUAGCACUUAAUGAAUUACACACAUAUGCAGAGUUCUGCAUGCACAUACAGGGCUGUCAUCAGGGGAGAUACAGGGGGAAAGGUCAGGGGCCCUAAGAGACAUGAAGGUCCAAUUGGUGGGCUGCAGCCAGGUUUAGGCUUUCUCCAUAGACUGCAAUGACAGCACCUCUAGUGCAUUGUUCUUAUGGUAUGGUCCACAGAGCAAACAAUAUGGCAUCUGCCAUUUAUUCAGUGUGCCUACAUGCAAAGGAAAGUUCUGCCUAUGUUUUACCCUCAUACGUUACAUUUCAGGAAAAACCUACGAACCAUUAUCAAUAUUUAUAAACAGUAUGUUGGCUCUUUAACUGCCAAAUAUUACUUUACUUGUUAAGUAAUCACAGUGCCUUUAAAUGCCCCUCAGGACAUCAGAAUAAUAAUAAUAAUGUACUGUAUUGCAGCGGUGGCUACCAGAACAUUACCCUCAAACUGCUGCGGCCGUGGUGCUAUAUAUCAACUGUAACAAUAUGGGGACACUUGCAUUUCAAUAAAUUCAUAUAUUGCUCA